AUGUGCUUCACAUCCUACCCUAAAGCAUGUACGACAUCUCAAAUUUGGAUAAACCAUACAGAUGGUUCUCCGCACCCAGACGUCACCAUAUCCAUCUAUCCAGUGUCAACCCGUAACGAAAGCACCUGCUUGUACAAGUAUCCUCCUUUCCCAACCCCUGGCCUCAAUUCUCCAGGAUAG